CUUCGCGUGAAAAGACAAAACAUUCAUACAUCAACACAUAUCGUGCGAAGUCGGUAAACAUUGAACCAAUUAUUAUAAUAUCAAAAGAAAAAAUUAUCGAAUGUAUUACAGCAACUAUCAACACCUACAGUGACCACUUAUCGACCCGGUCCGCAGCGGUCUGUGUUACCAAAAGUGGUAUUUCAAUUGAAAAGAAAAAGUAAAUCCCGGGCGGACCCGUGCCUCUUGACUGGAUCUAGUCAGAUGAGUUCGUAGUUGAACAGUGUUCUAUCAGUGACCUUGUGAGACACCGACAUCUACGAACGCCCGCGCCGUGAAAAUGAAACUUUUUCCCGUGCGGCUAUCCAACAUCAAUAAGAUGUUGGAUUUUUACUCCCAGUUUAAUCCAUCACCAUUGAGCAUUAAGCAAUUUAUCGAUUUCGGGUUAAAUGCAUGUCCUCGGAAAUCGUUUGUUUUCCUGCGCAAAGAGCUACCGGUUCGGCUGGCGAAUAUCAUGAAAGAAAUCACGCUGCUACCGGAAAGUCUGUUACGAAUGCCCUCUGUAGGUUUGGUUAGUGCAUGGUACGUGAAAAGCUUCGAGGAAGUGCUAGCAUUCGAGAAAACCGACCCAACGGAAACCAACCUAGAGAAAUUCUGUAAGUCGCUCAUCCAGAUUCGCGACCGCCAUUCCGAUGUAGUGCAAACGAUGGCCCAAGGUAUACUGGAGCUGAAGGAAAGUCGCGAUGGAGCUAUCGAACCGUCGACUGAACUCUCGAUUCAGUACUUUCUGGAUCGUCUGUACAUGUCGCGUAUCAGUAUAAGAAUGCUCAUCAAUCAGCACACUAUACUGUUUGGCGAAAUACCACAAACCGGACGCCAUAUCGGCAGCAUAGAUCCCUUAUGCGAUCCCCAUAUGGUUGUGAGGGAUGCGUAUGAAAAUGCACGCUUUUUGUGUGAUCAGUACUAUCUUGCUAGUCCCGAAUUGGAAGUCAUAGAGCAUAAUGAGAUUGACAAAGGCAAUCCUAUAAAGAUUGUGUACGUACCAUCACAUUUGUAUCACAUGCUUUUCGAGCUGUUUAAGAACUCGAUGCGUGCCGUCAUGGAACAUCACGGCACAGAAAACGAUGUGCCCCCGAUUAAAGUUACCAUCGUGAAGGGUAAGGAGGAUAUAUGCGUUAAGAUGUCCGAUCAAGGCGGUGGUAUUCCACGAUCGCAGGUGGAUCAGCUGUUCAAGUACAUGUAUAGUACUGCGCCGCAACCACCGAAAUCUAAAACAGAUUUACCAUUAGUUCCGUUGGCUGGUUACGGAUACGGCUUGCCCAUCUCUAGAUUGUAUGCAAGAUACUUUCACGGUGAUUUGGUCCUGUUCUCGUGUGAAGGAUACGGUUCUGAUGCAAUAAUCUAUCUGAAAGCAUUUUCAGAUGAAGCCAACGAGUUGCUACCAAUUUUCAAUAAAACCAGCACGCGCUUCUACAAGGCAACCGUUCCAACCGGUGACUGGUCUAAUCAGAAUUCAGAUAUGAACUCUAAGCAAAUGAACGCUCAAACAAGACGAGUUGGCUCUCUCGGUACAAACACAUUAUGAUCUUUUCCACCAACGGAGGAAGAUGUGGAAGGCGAUGACAGAGAACAAAAGUGACUGGAAAUCUGGAUCGGACAUCGCACAUCGUCAGUUAAUAAAUGAAAGCUGUUGCACAUGGGAUUCUGAUUUAGUUUGAAGUAUAUUUCGUAAAAGUAAUUUUAUGUUGCUCACAAUGAUAGAACCAACUUUUUGUUACGCAAACUCAAUGCUUUUAAUUUAAAUUUACCCUUUCAGUGAAAUUAUAAAGCGACAUCAUCAUGCUAAUGAACGCAAGUGUUAUGUCGUGCCCGAAGGCAGAAUGUUUUAAAGAAUUUUCAUGUUUUUUAUUACCUCCUUCAAUACUACGGUAAAGUCCUCCGCGCGACAUCACUGCUUCGUUCGUCUUGUUUCGUAUUAGAAUGUUACAAAAAUAACGUUUGAAUAAUCUAAAAGUAGUGUAAUAAAAUAUUUAUUUAUAUUAAUAUUAGUUCCGAGGUAAACGUAAUAAAAGUAACUAUUUAAUAACGAA